GGUAGGCUGUGCCGUGGCUGGAAGUUCCAGUGCGGCGGCUGCUAAGAACGGGGCUGUGGGGGUGGCGGUGGUGGCUGAGGCGGUAGCUGAGGCGGCGACGGAGGAAGCAGAAGAUGGCAGAUUUUUUGAAAGGACUGCCCGUCUACAACAAAAGCAAUUUUAGUCGAUUUCAUGCUGACUCUGUGUGUAAAGCUUCGAAUCGACGCCCCUCAGUCUACCUGCCCACGCGGGAGUACCCAUCCGAACAGAUCAUUGUGACAGAAAAAACGAACAUCCUUUUGCGCUACCUACACCAGCAAUGGGACAAAAAGAACGCUGCCAAGAAGAGAGACCAGGAGCAAGUGGACCUUGAGGGUGAGAGCUCAGCUCCCCCCCGCAAAGUCGCACGGACCGACAGCCCAGACAUGCACGAGGACACUUAAGACUCACACCCCCCGAUAGGUGCCUCCUGUCUUGUCUGCUCCUCACCCGCCUGCCGUGUGUAAGCACCCUGCCCGCCCGCCCGCCCGCCCACACCCUGCCAUGCACACCACUUCCAACCUCAUAGGAGCCAAUGUAUUUAUUUUCCUUGAGUCUUUAUUUAUGCUGUAAAAUGUACCGAGCGAUGGUUAAAGGGGACGUCAGACCCAGUAGUGUGAUGUUGGUAGAUGCUUCUUAAAAAACAACAUUGUUACUCACUGUCCAACCCCACCCCAGACCCCCUCCUCCUGCUCCCCAGUCCUCUGGAAAACAAGAGUCUGUCUGAGUGUCUAGAGAUGAGCCCUGCUGCAGCUGGGUGACUGGGGUGGGGCCCUUCUCCCCACUUCCGUCCUCUGGUCUGGCCUUAAAGACUCGGCCUUGACUCUGUUUCCACCGGGACCUAUUCCAUGCCCGGACCCUUCUCUGAGAGCUCGCCACAGGGAGAAGUCAGCCCUUCUGGAUCUUUCUCUUAAGUCAUUUUAUCAUGGACUAGUGCGUGCUCCGUGUCCACCCCAAUAAAAGGAUCUUUCCUA